AUGUCAACAGAAUCGCCCCUCGUCGUCCUCCCGGGCGAGACCAUCGACCCUUCCCUCAUCCCCACCCACAAGAAGAACCCUCUCCGUCUCGGUCCCGGGUUGCGACACAUCCCUCCUAGCGAAAUCGUCCCCACGGUAGCCGGCCAGCUAGUAGUCGACCAUCGCAAAACUUCCAUGUGGAUAGAAUACAAUGGCGGUCGCUACAUACCCUCCCAAGGCGACCUCAUCAUCGGCCAAAUCGCCCGCUCCGCCACCGACUUCUACUACGUCUCCCUCUCGCCCUAUACCCCCAACGCCACACUCCCGCACCUCGCCUUCGAGUCAGCCACCAAGAAAACCCGUCCCCAACUGGCGUCUGGCGAGCUCGUCUACGCCCGUGUGUCUCUGGCCAACCGGCACAUGGACCCCGAGCUGGAAUGCGUCAACUCUUCUACCGGCAAAGCGGAUGGGCUGGGCCCCUUGAAGGACGGCAUGGUGUUUGAUGUCAGUCUUGGGUUUGCGAGGAGGUUGUUGAUGGCGAAAAGUAGGGAGGAGGGGAAAGUGGAGGUUCUGGAGGCGCUGGGCGAGGAGGGAUUGGCGUUUGAGACGGCGGUGGGGAGGAACGGGAAGGUGUGGGUGGGUAGUGAGAGUGUCAAGACGGUGGUGGUGGUGGGAAGGGCGUUGAGGGAGACGGAUGAAAAGGGACUGGGGGUGGAGGCGCAGAGGAAGCUGGUGAAGAAGUUGGUUAGGGAGAUGCGUUGA